AUGGGUGAACAUUUUCAACGGGGCAUACAGUACAACAACCAACCAACCAUGUGUCACCACCAACCAUGUAUCAUCACCAACCACGUGUCACCACCAAACAUGUAUCACCACCAAACAUGUGCCACCACCAACCAUGUGUCAUCACCAACCAUGUGUCACCACCAACCAUGUAUCAUCACUAACCACGUGUCACCACCAACCACGUGUCACCACCAAACAUGUAUCACCACCAAACAUGUAUCACCAUCAAACGUGUCACCACCAACCAUGUGUCAUCAACAACCAUGUGUCACCACCAACAACGUGUCACCACCAACCACGUGUCACCAUCAACCACGUGUCACCACCAACCACGUGUCACCACCAAACAUGUAUCACCACCAAACAUGUAUCACCACCAAACAUGUGUCAUCAUCAACCAUGUGUCACCACCAACCAUGUAUCAUCACCAACCACGUGUCAUCACCAACCACGUGUCACCACCAAACAUGUAUCACCACCAAACAUGUAUCAUCACCAACCACGUGUCACCACCAACCACGUGUCACCACCAAACAUGUAUCACCACCAAACAUGUAUCACCACCAAACAUGUGUCACCACCAACCAUGUGUCAUCACCAACCACGUGUCACCACCAACCACGUGUCACCACCAAACAUGUAUCACCACCAAACAUGUGUCACCACCAACCAUGUGUCAUCACCAACCAUGUGUCACCCCCAACCAUGUGUCAUCACCAACCAUGUGUCACCACCAACAACGUGUCACCACCAACCACGUGUCACCAUCAGCCACGUGUCACCACCGACCAUGUGUCACCGAUAUAUUUGCCUGAUCAUGAGAACGGGCGAAUAUUGCAAUUAUUUAGGUAA